CAGGAAAAGUAGUAAUUCUCAAAGAUAUUUUCUUUGUCCCAUAAUUCUGAAUCUUUGAAAACAAUGUGUUGUUACAGGGAUCCAUGUCAUUUGAAGAUGUGAUUGUCGAAUUUACCCAGGAUGAAUGGCAGUACGUGAGCCCUGCACAAAGGACCCUGUACAGAGACGUGAUGCUAGAGAACUAUAGCCACCUCAUCUCAGUGGGGUACUGCACCACCAAACCUGAGAUGAUCUUCAAGUUGGAGCAAGGAGAAAAACCUUGGUCCUUAGAGGAAGAAUUCCUAAACCAGACGUACCCAGAUAGUUCAUGUAAAUGCAGUCACACAUUAUGUGGUCUUUUAUGAUUGGUUUCUUUCACCUAGGAUUGCAAGGUUCAUAUGUAUCAGUACUUCAUUCAUCCUUUGUAUGGCAAAAUAAUGUCUCAUUGUAUGUAUUUGCCACAUUUGUUUGUCCGUUCUUCAUUCAAUUGACAUUUAGGAGUCUACCUUUUGGCUAUUGAAUAAUGCUGAUAGAAAUGUUCAUUUACCAGUUUUUGCAUGGAUUUUUUUCCUGGACCUAACGCUUUUAUUUCUCUUAUUGAGUUACACUUGAUUCGAAUUGCUGGGUUGUGUGGUAACUGUUCAAGAAUGUCCAGACUAUUUUCCACAGUGCCUGUCUGUUUUUCUUUCCUAAUGACAGCAUAUGACGAUUCUAAUUUUUCCACAUCUUCACCAACACUUCUUAUUAUCUGACUUUUUAUUCUAGCCAUCCUAGUAGAUGUGAAGUGGUAUAUCAUUGAAGUUUUGAUGUGCAUUUCUGUACUAGUCAUUUGGCCUGGCAUAAUAAAUAAAUACCAUAGUUUAGGGUGGCCUAAACAACAGAAAUUUAUUUCUCAUAGUUCUAGAAGCUAAAAGUCCAACAUCAAGGUGCCAACAUGAUUAAUUUCUGGUGAGGCUUCUUCCUGGCUUGCAAAUGACUGCCUUCUGACUAUGCCCUCAUAUGGCCUUUCCUAUGUGCUUUCAUGGAGAGACAGCUGUGAUGUCUCUUCCUAUUCUUUCAAGGACACCAGGCCUAUAAGAAUUCGAGCCCCACCCUUAUGAACUCAUUUAGCCUUAAUUUCCCCAAAGGCCUUACCACCAAACAUAGUUAAAUUGAGGGUCAGGGCUUCAACAUAUGGAUUUGGGGGAGAGAUAA